AUGCAGAGUGUAUCGUCACAAGAUAAACGUACAAUUAUUCAAAUAGUCGAAGAAAUAUAUUCAAAAAUACAACCUAUUUUACACCCAUUGGAUGCUUCGGAUCGAACUUUUGUUGCAAUUAUCAAAGCACUGAUUUCACUAAAUAAUGAACCAACCAAUCCCAGACAACUUGCGGCAUGUAUUCAAAAACAUGGGUUCACGACGUUAGGCGGUAAUACUCCGUAUGCUACAGUUUCUGGUCACAUAUCGACCCAUUUUACUCGUGUACGAAAGCAAUUAGUACCUCGCCCGGUUCUUGGAAAAGUUUCUCAUCCUACGAUGACAAAAAGAUUACUUUACUAUUUAUUAGACCCUGAUGAUAUUUUACGAGAACAUCUUUCUCGUUACUUCCCAUUCAAUGAAACUUCUAUUUCACGACAUUCUCAACGACCUAUUUCACCGCCCUCAUCGAGGGAAGGUACUCCACGAUCAUCAUAUGAAACCGCAUCAAUUACCGAGAAUCAAAUGUCUGUAGAGUCACCAUGUCAGUUAAUAGAAGAAACUCAUAUACAAUCUGAAACAGGUGUAUCUUCACCAAAAGAAAAGUUCCAAUAUGAAAAUUUUGAAAAGCCUUCAAAAAACGAAUUCCGAUUUACGGACGAAAAUGAAAAUUUUGAAUCAUUUACAAAACAGGUGACUUCAGCGAUACAACAUGAAGCGGCAAAUGUUGAAAUGGAUGUUACUUCAACUACUGUAGAAAGCUCUCCAAGCGAUAAGUUGCUUGAAAGUGCUACUGAACCAAGUACGAGUGCAACUAAUAUUUUAAGUGGGAAGAAAAGAAGAGCCGAAAAUGGAGAGAGACAUGAAUUAGUGUCACAGUGUUUACCUAGACCAACUCCUGUUUAUCUUACGUUCCCACAUUACAUAUUGCCACCUCGUCGACCACGAAAUCUGAGCUCACCUCGGGUUCCGCUUUCACCUGAUAUUCGCAUGGUCAAAAUAAAUGGCUUAGAGGUUUUCUCCACAAAGAUUAAAGUGGGAGAAACCGAAGUUCAAAUAUUACGCCGCGUUGAUACAAAUUGUGUUGAUAAAUUUUCUUUAAUACAAAUCGGUGAGCGCAAGCCUCGAUCCACAGAUAAAAGAUGGAUUACUUUGGAAGAAGCACAAACAUUAGCGGCAAAGUUAAAUAUCGAAGAAAAGCUUGGCAAAUUUCUUGAUCCAAGACUUUUCGACUAUUUUGACGUUGAUUUAGAUCUUCCGGUGCCAACCGGAACAUGCUGUGGGCCAUUAGCGGGUUUCGCUUACUGGUUUCA